AUGUCUCGAUCGGGAACCACCCUCUAUGUCACUGGCUUCGGCCAUGGCACUCGAGCCCGUGAUCUUGCCUACGAAUUCGAACGGUUUGCCUUUGUUGAGUAUGAGAGCCGCCGCGAUGCCGACGAUGCGUACCAUGAGAUGCACAACAAGCGCAUUGGACGCGAUGACCUCCUGAAGAUUGAGGUGAGUCUUCACAUUGACCGUGAAGUUUAUUACUCUCCGAGACGGGACGACCGGUACGAACGGGAUCACGAUCGUGCAGACCGUGACCGUGAUGAGCGCCGCGACCGCGACCGUGAUGACCGUCGUGACCGCGAUGAUCGCCGUGAUCGUGAUCGUGAGCGUUCUCGCGACCGUUCCCGUAGCCCUGAGGACCGGGAGCGUGAUGUCAAGGAAGACCGUGAGAGACGCGAGGAUGAUCGCGAGCGCCGUGAGGAGGAGCGUGAGGCUGUCCCGAACGGUGAUGAUAGGAAAGGUUUGUGA